CCCGAACUAUGCUUGGGUAAUUAUCAUUUCAACCUUGAAUCACAAGUUCACCACCGACUUUGACGCGCUAAUUACCAACACGCUUUUGUCUUCCCAAAUCGCGAAGAAGGCAGGCAUGAUUGCCCACCGUAUUUUCUCCCGGAUAGAUUAAAUAAAAUAACCCAAGAACUUGGUGUUUUCUGUCUUCGUCGUCGCAUAAUCACUUGAUUGGGCCUCCUGUUUUGGUUCACAUUCGCUCUCAUUUUCAGUCCUCAAGUUUCCCGAUAGCAGAAACGAGAAAAAGUUGAUUCUUUCCCUUGUCGCUCGAUACAUUUGAUAUUGCCAUCAUAUUGAGCUGCACAUCAGCUGGCUUUAUCGGCAACAAUGGCGACGAGGCGGCCGAUAAAUCCUUCCCGGCGUACAUCGGGAAGUGGAACAGCGACAUUUUCGUCUCCCUUUCACUCGAGAUCCCGUUCAUCUCCUUACUUAUCGAUUGCCCUCAUCAUUCUGGGGGCGUUGUUCGUUUUAGGUUUCCUGUAUCGAGGCCAAGUGUAUAGAGCCAAGAUUUUCCAAGAUCAGCAGAGGAAGCCAAGAUGUCCUUUUGCAAAUAGUAAAGCUGCCAAUCGUAUUGAAGAUUGUGAAGCAGACAGUAUUUUGGUUUCGAGAACCUCUGAUAUACUAGUUGAGGACCUUGAGGUAAAGAAGAAACCAUAUGGUGACUUUUCAUGCACCCUAGAGGUCGAACGAGCCAUUCCUAUCCUGCAAAAGGCAUAUGGGGACAGCAUGCACAAAGUUUUGCACGUGGGCCCAGACACUUGUUCUGUGGUCUCGAGAUUGUUGAAUGAAGAGGAUAGCGAGGCUUUUGGCGUGGAGCCGUAUGACAUCGAGGAUGCGGAUCUCACUUGCAGGAGAUUGGUCCACAGAGGGCUCGUUCGUGUGGCAGACAUUAAGUUCCCUUUGCCUUAUCGAGCAAAAUCUUUCUCUCUCGUGAUUGUCUCGGAUGCUUUGGAUUACUUGUCCCCCAAGUAUCUGAACCGGACGCUUCCGGAACUAGCUAGGGUGUCGUCUGAUGGCCUCGUCGUUUUCACCGGAUAUCCACGUCAUCAGAAAGCCAAGGCCGUUGAUAAAGCUAAAUAUGGACGUUCAGCUAAGUUAAGGAGCUCGACUUGGUGGGUUAGAUAUUUUGUUCAGAUGAGCUUAGAGGAAAAUGAAGUUGUCGUCAAGAAGUUUGAGCAAGCUGCAGAAAAGAAGUCGUACACACCUAACUGCCAAAUUUUCCAUCUCAAAUCUUACAACUGAUGCCGAAAGCUCUUAUUAUAAAAGAGAUUUGAUAUCCAUCUCGGACCGCCAACUUACCUAGAGCAUAUCCUGAUGUUGACCAAAGUACUACAUGUGGCUUUUGAGCUCGGGAUACAGAAAGAAACACGCAAAAUUCAUAUUUUUUUCUCUUACAUUAGCAUAAUUUUAUUUUAUUAUAAGGAAAAAAGAAUGUAUGGGGAAAGCUAAGGGUUAUGAGGUUCUAGAUUUUUUUUCUCUAUUGUUUUUGUGUGAAAUAGAACUUUGGCCGUUGGUUUAUAGAUAUCACAAAGCUAGUAUUUGCACCGGGAUACAACUUGAAUUCAUAGCUUUCAUUGCGUUGUAUUGUAUAAUUAAAAUUGGUCAUACCAGAUUGAUAUCCUUAAACUGAUUUGCUCCCAAAAGACCUGCAAAUUAUGCCAGCAGUCGGGGUAAAAUCUCAGAUGAUUAAGUCAAUAAAAGGCUAUGAAAGACUGCAUGUAAAUGUAAGCAAUAAUAUUGAAAGUGUAGAAUGUGAUUAACAUUUUACCUUUAAUACUUUUCAAUAAAACGCGUUUGCUCGAAGGCUUGCUCGAGUGCUCGGACUGCUCGAAG